GACCAUCUGCAGGGUCUAGAGUCCUUUCGGGCCCCAUUCAUUUAUUGCUCCUCCGCCACCCGCGAGCUAUUGUUACGCCUUGAGAAAUUUCCCCAUCGAAUGAACUUUCAGAAGGGAAUUUUAGAAUCGCGUCGGUUACACUACAAACAUCUUAGUAAACUAUUGCGUCCCAUCCCCUUGCACACCCCCACGGACAUCGAACUUACGCCCCGGCGGCGAAUCCGGGUCACUUUGUUCGAUGCCAACCACUGUCCCGGGGCUGUGAUGUUUCUAAUUGAGGGGAAUGGUAAAGCGAUUAUCUAUACUGGCGACAUCCGAGCGGAGCGAUGGUGGAUUGACAGCCUAGUACGGCAUCCCAUUCUAAUACCAUACACUUUAGGCCCGAAACGACUAGACAAGCUAUACCUUGAUACCACUUUCGCUGGCAAAUCAAAUCCCUUUCGAGAAUUUCCAUCCAAGGCUCAAGGGCUCGCCGAGCUUUUGAAGAAAGUGGAUGCAUAUUCUGAUGACACUGUAUUCUACUUCAGAUCAUGGACUUUUGGUUAUGAGGAGGUAUGGAUCGCUCUUUCAGCAGCUCUCAAUACGCAGGUCCAUGUGGAUUGCUACCAAAUGGGUCUCUAUCAAUCCCUCUCUCGUCUAUCUAGUAGUAGAGCCGCCACUGAAGCACCGGCACUUUGCGGAUAUGAGCUUGGCAAUAAGUUUAUUGAAGGCUGCUUGAGUGGUGGCCAAUCCAGUCGAGUCCAUAGCUGCGAGCCCGGGGUCACUUGCCCCGUAGCCCGUGGGUCAAAGACCGUUUACAUCACGCCCAUCGUGAAUCGUACUAGCGACGGAGCUGAAAUCCCCGAGGUUGGUGCUGGUGGAGGUCUCGGUGAUCUGUACCAGAUUCAUGAGCUUGAACUACCGGACGAUACCGCUCUUGCAGCGUUGGAGCAACUAUGCCUUCAACACAUCCAAGAUAAAGACGUCCUGUCGCAGAUGCAAGACGCUAUAUCGAAAGCGUUCAAGUCGAAAAAGAAGGCGCUGUCGCUAGAUCUCUAUGGCGUCAAGGAGGAAGAUGAAAUUUCUCUUGAGCGACUGAUGACGAAACUCGGCCAAGGUCUGUCCAGUGAGGAAUCCCAGGGCUCACAAAGUACGGAGACCGACCUACCGAAUUCAAUUCGCUUUCCUUACUCGCGUCAUUCAUCAUACUCGGAACUAUGCGAGCUUGUCGCUGCUUUUAGACCAAAGGAUAUCCAUCCAUGCACAGUCGAACAGUCUUCAUGGAGCGAUAAUGUGUCUAUAGAGCGGCUGUUCGGCCACCUUUGCUCGGGAAACGACUUUUCUCACGAUACGCAUAUCCGUAAAAUUCUCGAGGACGCAAAUAGUAAUGAUUCUCGCCCGAGGAAGCGCCCUCGGUAUGAAUAUGACAUCGCCACCCAGUCCACUCGAUCCAGCAGCGUGAACGACGAAACACAGUCCAAUACGGGAGAUCCCACCACAGACGAUCAUUUGAAAGUACAGAGUACUUCAAAUAAUACAAACGACCAAGAUGACCCAGCAGUCUCGUCGCAAAAACAAGAAGACACCCGCUCACAAUUCUCGACUCCGCCUGCAUCCUCUCUCAAGGGGCAGACUUCACUUCCGAGGGAUCAGCUUGACACCACUGAUCAGGUCAAAGCAAAACGUGACGAAGUAAGAAAAGCAUAUCGUUAUCUACAGGAGAACUGUGAUCUUGGAAAACUCCAGCUUGGCCAAGUACCAUCCUCCUGGACAUCGAAUGAAGUGGACAGUGCCAAUGACGAAGAAAAUACCCAGAAGCCUCCUCGGCAUAUAGCCCUUGCGCUCUCAAAGAAAGAUCCGGAACCUCUCGGACCCCCAUCAUUUUCAGGCGAGGACGGGGCGGAGUCUUCCCAACCACACGACAUCCAUCCACCACCAAAUCAAGAUAGCCAGCAAACCGACGCCCUGUCAAUCUCAAUAUCGGAAUCUAUACUCGCCCCUUCCGCGACGGAGAACGAAGACCCCGGCUCCUCCGAAGGCCCGGAUCCCGCAAGGGAGCAAAGAGCACAACUCGUUCGUGAUCGAAUGAAAGCACGCACUCGCACCCGUGUGAAAGCAUUCAUUGCUGCGAUGCGAGAUACUUACGAUUCAUGGGCAGAUAUGGCAAUAGUCUCGGCCGGUGAUAAUCAUACUGAGGAGGAGAUGGAGCUAUGA